CUCCCUCCCUCCCUCCUCCCUCCCUCCUCAGCAUCCUUCCUUUUGCCGCUUCACCGCAUUAGCUGCCGUCGGCUAUACUGGGACUGAACUCCAUCCCACACCUGACCAACCGGCCGUCGGCUUUGUUGGGUAUAUGAAAAAUGCCCAGUGUCACGGUGAAAGACGUUAACCAGCAGGAGUUUGUCAGGGCUCUGUCAGCUUUCCUUAAAAAGUCUGGCAAACUGAAGGUCCCAGAGUGGGUUGACACUGUGAAGCUUGCCAGGCACAAGGAGCUGGCUCCCUGUGAUGACAACUGGUUUUAUACCAGAGCAGCAUCCACAGCCCGUCACCUGUACCUGCGAGGAGGGGUGGGCGUGGGCUCAAUGAUCAAGAUCUACGGAGGCCGUCAGAGGAAUGGCGUGUGCCCCGCCCACUUCAGCGUGGGCUCCAGGAAUGUGGCGAGGAAGGUCCUCCAGGCGCUGGAGGGCCUCAAGAUGGUGGAGAAAGACCCCAACGGUGGACGGAGACUUACCCCUCAGGGGCAGAGAGAUCUGGACAGGAUCGCAGGUCAGGUCGCCUCAGCAAACAAGAAACAGCGAAGUUUACAAAGCGCUAUCUGAGGAAUGCAUGCAAAGAAUCCAGACGAGUGAAAUGCAGUUAUGCCUUACUGCUUAUUUACUCAAGUUUGCUUGCUUCCCUUAUCACUCCAGUGCCCACAGUAACCAAGUACAAAAGGCAUUUCAUAGAGGUGCAUGUGUCUAUAGUGCAGUAAGUACAUAUUAAAUAUUACACAUGGAUAUUUGGCCAGUUUUAGAUGUGUUUUUUGUUGUUGUUUUUUUAAAUUCAUCAUGAAUUUUACCUUGUGAUAGCAAAACACAGAAUGGGCACAGAAGCACUUAAUGUACUUAAUGUAGAAAACAAAAGAAAUGAAAUGGAUGCUGCUGUAUAUUUUUAUUCAUUUAUCCAGUUCUUUGUCUUUACUGUUGGUUACAAAGUAUUAUGUCUAAACAUGUUAUUUAUGAGAAGUAUAUGAAUGACUAAGAUGUUCUAAAUAAACUGAGCAUGAGUCCUGA